GCGCGAGUCGCGAACAGGCCUCCAGCAGUCGGGUGGUAUACUUCAGAAACAGAAUGACAACAGCUGUGACGGCGGCGCCGCAGGACAGUGCGGGCUUCUGGAAGACGCGCUACACCAUCCUGCUGCUGAACUUGUCGGGUCUGGCCAUCAGCUACGCAACGCGCGUCAACAUCUCGGUGGCCAUCGUCAACAUGGUCAAUGGGACGGCGUUGCUGGAGAGAGACGCCACUGGAGGUACGCAGCUGAUCCGUGACCCAGACUCCUGCCCAGGCGAGCUGGUGCUCAAUGGUCCGGACGGACACAAGGAUGGGGAAUUUAUGUGGGACAAGCAGAUGCAAGGAGAGAUCCUCGCAGGAUUCUACUACGGUUUUACGGUUGGCCACAUACCGGGAGGCGUACUCGCCGAUCGACUCGGUGGUAAGGCCGUCAUGUUGUUCGGCAUGCUCGUCUCAUCCCUCCUGACAGCCCUGACACCGCUGUCUGCGUGGGCUGGCUACUACGUACUGUUCACGAACAGGGUCCUCCAGGGACUGGCUCAGGGUGGCAUAAUACCAGCUAUACAGACGAUGGUUUGCAGAUGGGCACCAGAUCACGAAAGGAGCUUGUUUUCCAUUAUUUUUCUCGGGAUAUUUAUUGGAACCCUCGUAUCCAUGGCGGUGACGGGCGUUCUGUGCGAGACCGUCGGUGGCUGGCCGCUUCCCUUCUACGUUUUCGGAGGCGUCGGACUACUGUGGUGCGUGCCUUGGUUCUUCCAGGCUGCAGAUUCGCCGUCGCAGCACCCGUACAUCGACCCAGCCGAACGCAACUACAUCAAGGCUACAAUACGGUCAGCUGCUAAGAAGAACCUGCCUGUGCCAUGGAAGAGCAUUAUGUCAUCGCCGGCUGUCUGGGCUCUCGUCGCAAUCAUGGUUACUUUCGACUGGAUCUUCUAUCUGCUCAUCACGUCGCUGCCGCAGUACAUCGCUCAAGUCUUGCACUUCGAUAUCCGCAGCAAUGGGAUCAUAUCAGCCAUUCCUCACAUCACUGGUGGCGUUGGCAGUUUGGCAUUUGUGUGGCUUACUGACUUCCUGCUCCGGAAAGAAUGCAUGUCCAAAAUGUGCAGUUUCCGCCUAGUAAAUGGGUUCGGUACUCUGGUGCCAGCCGCUACAAUGAUCAUCGUAGCGCUGGUGGGCUGCGACAGCACCGUCAUCAUUGCGAUGUUGGCGCUCAGUGGCUUCUGCACCGCCACCGACUUCACGAGCUCCUACCUCAACAUGCAGGCCAUCGCCCCCAACUACGCAGGCACCAUCGUCGGCAUCGUCAACAUGUACGGCAAUCUGACGGGCAUCGCAGUCCCUUACAUCGUUGGUGUAUUCACCAGCACAAACCAAACGCGGGCGGGUUGGAACGCCGUCUUCUACCUGUCAGCUGCGGUGUCCACCGUAUCGUACUUAAUCUACGCUGUGUUUAGCACCGACGAAGAGCAGCCGUGGAAUGAACCACCACCCGAAACAGCACGCAGAGCGAACACCACUGAAGGAAUCGAGAACGCAGCAUUCGAUGAAGGCGCAACGCAAGUGGUUACCGAAGAAAUAACGCAGAGAGGUCAUCGGAGAAAUGUAAUACCUUAGGGGCCAUUCACUGGACAAUGAAUCUCCAAAAAAAGGCUGAUGAACAAAUAUGAGUUGUUUAUUACACAAAUCGUCAUCAUCAACAACUACUUGACAUCCACUGUAUAGGCUUCCUUCAUUUACUUCCGUGUUCUGUAUCAACAUCUAUACUUCGCAAACUACAUUGUACUUGUGUACCACUACCAUUUCUCCUCUCUCCUGUUCCAUUUGUGAAUGGUGACCGGGAAGUGUGGCUAUAGAGAAGCCACCGAUGAGCUGGAAUCUUUUCUCAUCAUGGUCAUUUCCUGGGAUGUAUGUGAAAGAUGUUGCCUGACACAUGUUGAAAUUUUAGCAGUAAACCUCUCCAUAGUGCACAAUGCCUAUCUUGUAGUGUCAGCGACUGGAGCCUGAUGAACACUUUGUUGCUCUCUUGGUCUAGGUAAACGAGUCCGCGACGAAACACAGUUCUUAUCGUCUUUGAAUCUUCUCCGUCUCCUUUAUUAAGAGCCUCAGACUGUCGAUUGUUCUAUGAGCUACCUGCUUCUUGAGAAAAUUACAUUCCGUAAGGAUUCUUCCAAUAAACUGGACUUGCAUAUGCUUUCCCUACAAUCGCUGCCGUCAGCUACUCCCUGAUAUUUUAUGGUUCUUAGUUUUUACAGUGCUUUAUCCCUAAUAAAGUAAUCGUACAACAGAACAGGUCAUAGAAAAAAUAUUUUUGAUUUAUUU